UAUUAAGCCGGUGUUGUAUUCGCCAUGCGUUCAGGCCUCAGUUCACGUUUAGUAUUCGAGUAUUGCUGAAUAGACGUCGAAUAUAAACAUAAAUUAUUCACAUCUUACACGUCAUAUAUUUUACUAUACUGCGAAUAUGUUGAAAAUCGGAUUUCUCGGUGCCGGCAAAAUGGCUCAGGCRUUGGCCAAAGGUUUCCUGACGGCCGGUCUCGUCAAAGGAGAGAACAUCACGGCCAGCUGCGCCCCACAAGACACGCAGUGCGUCGAAGCUUUCGAGGGAUUCGGAUCGAAAGUGACUUUCGACAACCAGACGGUGGCCGACAACUCCAAUGUCUUACUGCUGGCCGUUAAACCGUCCGUGGUAAAGACGGUAUUGGACCAGAUCCGUCCAAAUUUCGAGUCCAGCAAACACCUGUUGCUAUCUGUCGCCAUGGGUGUCACCGUAAAUCAGUUGGAAAACCUCUUACCAGAUGGCUCAAGGGUAAUGCGAGUGAUGCCUAACACUCCUGCAUUGGUUCAGUGCGGUGCUUCCGUGUACGUGCCAGGCAAAAUGGCGACAGAUGAAGACGAGAAACUAACGGCAACACUUUUGUCAUCCGUGGGCACGGCGGAGCGUGUACAAGAGUACUUAAUGGAUCCAAUCACUGCGCUUAGCGGAUCCGGUCCGGCAUACGUGUACAUGAUUAUCGAAGCUUUGGCUGACGGUGCCGUUCGCAUGGGCAUGCCUAGAGACAUGGCGUACAGAUUGGCGUCGCAGACUGUCCUUGGCGCGGGGACUAUGGUUCGAGAAACGAAAGAACAUCCGGGAAAACUCAAGGACGACGUUACCUCGCCAGCGGGUGAGUUGGAUUUUAUAUAUACUCAAUGCGAUUCAGCCAAUAAUAUUCGUUAUUUCAAUGGAACAGCAAGUUUUCUAGAUUAUUUAGAAUAUGUAAAAUUAUUAAAUUUUCCAUCGCAUCAUUUUUCUCAUURAGAUUUUUAAAUAUAAACGAAWGGG